AUGAACAACGAAACUCAAAUCCCUGUCUCUGAUUGCAGCGGGCUGGUCGAUCUCGAGGGACCCCCUGCUAGCGCGUGGUCACCGACCAUGUUCAUCAAUGACCAGUUGGGAUGGGACGAACUGCUGCAAGAUAUCCCCGAGCAGCCCAGUUCCCUGGAAACAGAAAGGAUAGAAGGACGUCUGAUCAAAACACCCUGCCAAUGCUUUAGUCUGGCGCUCCAAACGAUAAAGAAAUUGGAUCGAUAUCACAACCUUGACGCCCACGCAGUUGAUAGUGUGCUGGGCGUGACUCAAGAAGCCGUUAAGAUUUGCCGCCACUUCUACGAUUGCGUGGCCAGUUGCCACCAUAGCAAUAUUCUCCUGCAUGUCACCAUAUUGCAACUGCUAGACACGCAUUACGCGUCAAUAGGCAGCUGGCUAAUGUCGACUGCGGAAGCCAAGGAUCAGAAACUCGAUGUGGAAGUGGGCAUUGGCGCGUUCCACUUAAAGGCCAGGCUGCACUCCAUCGUGGGAAGAGCAAUCCUUAGUUCGGAAAUUAUGGGAACAGCCAACUGCGCCAUGAAGCUCUUUGAAUUAUUUCGAGUCUAUGCAUUCGAGAGUUCGAUGGAGGAGUUGAAAUGCCAGCGGGACUUACUGCAAUCCCUUACCACGAGCCUGUAUCAGAGUGCAAACGACAUGUCUUUUUUAGGUUGCACGCCUGAUCCUCUUCCGUCUUCCCUUACAGCAGAUUCCUCAUGA